UUGGCCUUGGCAGCCCCCCCAGUCGCAAUGGCCUCUCCCAUCAGCGGCAGCGACGACGAUGACGGGCACCUCUUCGCCGGCGUCCGCUUCGUCCUCGUCGGGUUCGACACCGUAUCGGAGUCCCAGUACCGGUCGGAGAUGGUGCGGCGCAGCGGCGUGGAUGCGGGGAGGUUGGGCAACGGGUGCACCCACGUCAUCGUCUACGGCCUCGUCUACGAUGACUCGGUUUGCGUGGGGGCGCGGGCGGAAGGGAAGAAGGUCGUCACUGAGCUUUGGGUGGAAGAUAGCUUGGAACGGGGAGUGCUUGCCGAUGCCGAUAGGGUUUUGUAUUGGCCGGUCAGGGAUUUAAAGGGAAUAGCAGGGAGUGAAACAUUACACAUUUGCUUGACGGGUUACCAAAGAAAUGGUCGCGAAGAUAUAAUGAACAUGGUUUCUUUGAUGGGAGCACAGUUCUCCAAAUCUUUGACGCCAGGCGUAGCCACUCAUCUUAUUUGCUAUAAAUUUGAAGGUGAGAAGUACGAGGCUGCUAAGAAGGUGAAGUUGAAGUACAACUUGGACAUCAAACUUGUUAAUCACCGUUGGUUGGAAGACUGCUUAAAGUCUUGGAAAAUUCUUCCGGUAGAUGAUUACAGCAAAAGUAGUUGGGAGCUAGAGAUAAUGGAGGCGCAAGCGAAGGACUCAGAAGACGAGGAAGAUGUGGUACAAAAAUCAUUUAGAAAUAAGACUGUUGGAUCCACUCCCAACCCAAAAGGUAGUGUGGGAACUUCUGCUAACCCUGUGGUGAAUGCACCAAUUCAGCCAGCUAUUAUUUCCAGCGAUAAUAUAGAGAUGGUUGCCGAAAAGCUUCAGAAUAUUCCUGGUCAGAUCAGGAAAGCAGAAGAUGCCCUCAACAGGACACAUGAUAUCACAGCCCAAGGAACUCCUAAAACUACUGGAUUGGUGAUGUCUGCUAACACUGAUUUUAGCACACCUGGUCAGGUUCCACUUAUUCUCAGUGGCAACAGAGGGGAUGCUGCAGUAAGAGAUUUGAACAGUACAGAUCAGAUCCAGGGGAACAAAGACAAAGAUGUUGGCACAAGGAUACUGGAUGUUACAUCAAGUGCAUUGGGCACUCCAAGCUCAAGCAAGACGGUUGUUUCUGCUAACCAUAAUCUCCAUUCCUUGAACAAGACAAAUUCUGUGGAGGAUCAUGGCAACAUUGGUGCUAGCAAAGCUGACUUAACCACCUCAUCAAGAGAAAUUCUGUCUUCAAAUGUACUUGAUUCAUCUACUGUUGCCAGAGGACAAAGUCAAGAUGAUUAUGGAGCCAAAUGCACUCUUGACGCAGCUGGUCAGUCAAUUAUUAAUGAGAAGGUCACCAAUCAUGAUGUUCAUUUGAAGUCAGAAAGCAAUGCUUCGCUCAAUAUCAACAACAAAAGUUAUUUGAAGCCCACAGAGAAGUCAGUAUGGACUGAACAAUAUUCAGGUGACCAUAUGACAUCACCUCAGGGGACUGAGGGGAGCAUGUUGAGAGCUGAUUCUAGUAUCUCGACAGCAUGUAAAGGAGCAAAAAUAAGUGCCAAGCUAGCUGACUUCCAGGUUCUGAAAGGUGGUGAAAAUAUACAGAAUGAGAAUUUACUGGAUGGUACACAUUCUCAAAAUAAGAAGUGCUUGAUCUCCCCAUCUUGCUUCAAACUGCAAAGUGGUGAUAUGGGGAAGGAAACUGGGACAUGGAACUCUACCUUUGCAAGUAGGCUUAGUGACACAUCUGAACCAGCAAUUUGGCCAUCUGUAGGAACAAAUCCAAGUGAAGCUGCUAACGUUCAUUUGGGAAAGCAACAGUCUGGCUCAUCUAAAUCAAGAUCUAGGACUGCACUCAAGCAUGCUAAUCCGGUUGAUGGAGUCAAGCUUCCUCAAUAUUCUGCAAGUGAGACAAAUGUGCAGCCUCUGCAGAAACCCAAAGAAUUGCUCACAUCAAGCCUUUCAGCAACUGUUCAGGAUGUAAAAAGAUGUCCAGAUUGCUCUUUUCAAAACAAGGAUGGGGAAUGUGCACAAGAUAGUGGUGAUACAAUGAAUCAAGAUGGCUUGCCACUGAUGCAAGACGUUCAUAAAAUGGUCAGAACUUCUGACAUAUCUUUACACAGUUUAAGGAAUUCAAAACUUAUCCACUGUUUUGGAAAUGAUGAUACUGAGAUGACUAAUGCACUUGAUGUCAGCAAAAACGAAGCAGCAGUGGCUUCACAUUGCAAGCCUGAGAAAGUGUUACAUGGUGAAAAUGUGAAGGCAGACUGUCUUAAAGAUUUUCCAGGUACUUCAAACAAUGUUCUAUGUCAAAAAGGUUAUCUAAAGAAAGUGGCAUCUCGUAAUGCAAUGAAUGCUGGCACAAAGAGACCUCGUAGUGCUGCUAGCAAUGUGAUAGAUGGUCCAGUGAUUAACAAUGACAAUGCAGUAGUUUCUGACUCAGAGCCGGAUAAAAUGAUUGCUUACGAGCACAUUGGUGAAACCACUAAAGACAGCCAUGAUAAUGCAACUGCAGCAGAGUGCAGAGCCAACUCUCUGGACAAAGUUCCUAUGGAUGGAGUGAGUACUAUUUCCAAAAGGCUGCGGAAUAUUCACACCAAGAAAAAUAAUACACAUGCAUCUUCCAACUUGGAAUCCAAUAAGGUUAUUUCUGAGGAAAAUACUGGAACUGGGAUAAACCAUAGGAAGUUUGUGAGUAAUAAUGCAACCCCUGAAGAACAUCAAACAAAUUCUCCAAAGAAGUUACCUAAUACCAGUGUGAAAAAUACAGUUACCAAGAGGUUUCGGGCAUCUGACACCAAAAUGGCUUGUGAAUCAUCAGUUGAUAAAACUGAAACAAUGGCUGCCAAGUCACUGUUUGGUGACUUAUUUACUUCCCAAAACAUUGACGAUAACCCUAAAAAGCUUUCAAGUAGUGCAAGUGCUGAUGGCUGUGGAUCACUCUCCCCUAAGAAUGUAUCAUCUGGCAGAGUUAGGAAUGCUGUGGCCAAGAGGAAAAUAAAAGCUCUAGAAGACAAGUCAGACAGAAAGCUUGGUAAAAUUAGUGAUGCCAUUGUAUCUGCAGCUAAAGCUGUCGCAUCAAGGAGAAUUGAAGAAAGCUCAUGCAAUAUCAACAAAGUAACUGCUGAUCAAGAUUCUCUGGAGGCCGAUGGAACAAGAGAUGUAUCUGGCUUAUUUUCCAAAGAUACUUCUGUGAUAAGCAGGUCAAAAAACUUGAAUAACUCUAGGUUGAGAUGCAGCAGAAGAAAUAAAUCUAUUUCUUUAGACGAUGGAAAGGAAAACAUGCAAGGCAAUGGUAUUCUCAGUUCUAAAUCCAAUGGCAGAACUGGUAGUAUGAAUUCCAUGUUUGAUGCAAAUUCAAUGCAGAACAGUGCAAAUAUAUUCAAUGAGCCUGUAAGGAUAAAAGGAAAUAAGCCAGCCCUCUUGAUCACACCUGAGCCUACAUGUUUUAUUUUAAGCGGACAUCGCCAACAGAGAAAGGAUUAUAGAUCAAUACUUAGGCGCCUAAAGGCUCGAGUUUGCAGGGAUUCACAUCAUUGGUCAUACCAAGCGACACAUUUUAUUGCCCCAGAUCCUCUCAAGAGAACUGAGAAAUUCUUUGCAGCUGCUGCAGCCGGCAAGUGGAUACUGAAAACUGAUUACUUGACCUCUUGCAAUGAGGCUGGCAAACUGUUGGACGAAGAACCAUUUGAAUGGUUUGGUACGGGCUUUAAUGCUGGGGAAACAAUCAGCUUUGAAGCUCCCCAAAAAUGGCGUAUUUUGAGACAGCAGAUGGGCCAUGGUGCCUUCUAUGGGAUGCAGAUAAUUGCAUAUGGACAAUUCGUUACUCCAUCGCUGGAUACGCUGAAGCGUGCAGUGCGAUCUGGUGAUGGCACCAUCUUAGCGACCUCGCCACCGUACACACGGUUCUUGAACUCUGACGUCGACUUUGCUGUAGUAUCCUCGAGCAUGCCAAGUGCAGACGCAUGGGUUCAACAAUUCAUCAGUCACAAUAUUCCUUGUAUCAGUGCUGAUUAUCUGGUUGAGUACGUCUGCAAGCCUGGGCAUCCGCUUGACAGACAUGUUCUCUUCAACACAAACGAUCUGGCCAACAAGGCCCUCAAAAGGCUUCUUCAAAACCAGCAAGAGGUGGCCACAGAUAUAGUGAAGCCUCAGGAGGACGGAGAUCCCGAUGACAUGAGCUGCUCGGUGUGCGGGAGUACAGACCGGGGCGAGGUGAUGCUCAUCUGCGGCACCGAGGAUGGCUCGACCGGCUGCGGUAUCGGCAUGCACAUCGACUGCUGCGAUCCUCCCAUGGAAGCUGUCCCAGACGAUGACUGGCUGUGCCCCAAGUGCGAAAUGCCCAAAGCGACCAAGAAACCUGCUGCGUUACGCGCAGCCAGCAAAUCAAGAGUAUCCAGGCGAAGGUGAUUUUCUGCGUUCGCUCAUGUUUAAAUGAUUGAAACAAAAUGAACGGUGUAUUUAUUUUCAUCCGUUGUAAAGUUCUUAUCAGCGACAGAAAUGCUGGCUCGGCAUUUCUGAAGUUUAGUAUUAGUAGUUUCUCAUGCUGCUGCAAUGCUAGCCUGUUUCCCCACGGCCUAUGUGCAAUGGAUCGGUUGAAGUGGAUAGCAAAAAAAAAUGUUGAUUCUUCAAAAUGCAAUGUAAAUGUCGGGUGAUUGACGAAUAGCUUCCUGAAGAUAUAAUCCCGU